AUGAGGUCUCUCGGCCGCACUUCGUUGUGCUUUCACCUGGCCCUGCUUCUCCUCCUUGCCGUGGUCAGGGCAGAUGAUCCUAGCCUCGCCGAUGGAGGGAGGCUCAUCGACCCCAAGCCUUCCCCAAAACCCAUUCCAAAACUGAUGCCUCAACCCAACCCUAAAAUGCCGCACCCGAACCCAAACCCAAACCCAAACCCAAAGCCCACGACUCCUGCAAUGCCGGAACCCAACCCAAUACCGGACCCAGAUGCCAAGCCACAACCAAAACCAAUGCCUCAGCCUGACCCGAAGCCAACUCCUGAAAAGCCAAAGCCUGAACCUCAGCCAGGCUCAUUGCCGGUGUAUUCACUAGACGACAUUGGUUCCGACAGGACGAACCCAAAGCCCGACCCGCAACCUAACCCUAGGACAAACCCAGCAAAGCCGGACCCAGAAGUCAAGCCACAACCACAGCCAAAGCCCCAGCCAAACCCAAAACCCACUCCUGCAAAGCCGGAGCCUGAACCACGGCCAGGACCAUCCAAGCCGCAGCCAAACCCCAACCCCCACCCGGGACCGUCCAAGCCUAAGCCGCCGGUGUACGCACGUCGCGUUGGCUCCGACAAGCCCCUCAACUAA